AUGAGCGUCUGCCGCCCCGCAAGAUGUCUCUUCACCAAAGCAGCAUCGACGACUCUUCCUAAACCACCUCCGCAACGCACUUUCCAUGCUUCCGCACCCAGACAAGCCCGCAAGAAGAGACCACAUUACCCGUCAAUAAAAGCCGACGACCUCAAGUUACUCAACCAAGCGGCGGAAGCAGAAUACCCAAAGUACGAUACCGCAGAGACGACGCUCCUUGAGAAAAAAUACACCCCCUCGCAGAUCGCCGCCAUCAAAGCCGCAGAGUCUACAAUCGACGCACGAGAUGUCCUCACACAGGGUCAGCGAAGAACAGACCCAUGGCGUCUCAACUACGAAGACGACCUCGCACAGGUAGACCCAGUAACAGACCGACCUGAGCGUCUGACCGGCGACGACAUUGAAGGCUCCAAAACCUUCCGCAUCGCCAACGAAGUCGAGCGCGACCAAAACAUAACCCGGUUAGCAACGGAAAACCUCGCCAAAAUGUACCCCAACGGCAUACCAGAAGGCGAAACCGACGAGGCUUUGCAAAACGCUAUGGAUGCAGCUGUCACGCAAGCCACGCUGGACCCACGUGCAACCUACACAUCGAAGAACCCCGCCGCUUUGCAAGCCUUGGGAGACGAGCGCCACUCCGUCAUCGCACCCGACCUCCCCCGUGUCGAAAGCCGCAUGGCCCGCCAAACACGCCGCCUCAAGACCGAAGAGGAAGAGGACCCCCGGCAAAAGCGCCUCUUGCAAUACCUGGGCUGGGACAAGCAAAAGUUGCGCCAGAUCCGUGUCAAGACUUUAGUUGUUCACGGCGUCACGAACCAGACACGUAUGGGCAAGAUAAGAAGUCUGUACUACCUUACCAUAGCGGGAAACCAAGAUGGUCUAUUAGGUGUCGGCGAGGGUAAAUCCGUAGAACCGGAAGAAGGACGCAAGCAGAGUGUCAUGAGCGCGAUACGAAACAUGCGUCCAGUUCCACGCUACGAGAACAGGACGACAUUUGGAGAUUUGGAGACCAAGGUGGGCGCUACUCGCGUCCAGCUCUUUUCCAGACCGCCAGGUUUCGGUCUCCGCGUCCAACAUCUCAUCUUCGAGCUCGCACGUGCAGCCGGCCUCCAAGACUUGUCUGCAAAAACCCCUCGUUCGAGGAACAAAAUGAACGUUAUCAAGGCGACAUGGGAGGCGCUGACAAGUCAGAAGUUACCAGACGAGAUUGCAAGGGCGAGAGGUAAGAAGUUGGUAGAUGUUAGGAAGGUCUACUAUGGUGGGUCUAUUCACUAG